UCGGCGAAGCCUCGUCCUACGUAAAGAAGACCAAGAAGAGGGCAGUCGGAACUGGGACCAUGGGGACAACCUUCAAGCCAGUGACACACGUCCUUUUCGACCUGGACGGCGUAAUUUUAGACGCAGACCGACUGUACACAGCGGCUGCGGAAGCGGUGGCCGAGCGCCACGGCAAGAAGUACACGUGGGAGCUGAAGAUGCGAGUGAUGGGAAUACCGGACAUCGACGCGGCCCGCGUUGUCAUUGACACCCUGAAGCUGCCGCUCAGCGUGGAUCAGUACCUGGCGGAGCUGGACCGCUUCUAUAUGGCUGCGUUGCCCAAAGCACAGCUCAUGCCCGGGGCCGAGCGAUUAGUGCGACACUUGGAGGGGCACGGCAUUCCAAUAGCACUGACCUCCAGCUCCAAGCCGGUCUCAUUCGGCAUGAAGAUGACGUGCCACGGCAGUCUUCUGUCGCUGUUCCAUCACGUGUUCGUUUCGGGUGGGGACCCCGAGGUCAGCCGUGGCAAGCCACACCCGGACAUCUUCCGCCUUGCAGCAUCCAAGUUCGCGGAAGAUCCAGCACCCGGCAAGGUUCUGGUGUUCGAGGACACGCCAGCAGGUGUGACGGCAGCCCUGGAAGCCGGCAUGCAGGUUGUGAUGGUUCCGGACGCUCGCAUGGACCAAGAGAACCGGAGUCGGGCAACCCUGUGUAUCGACUCGCUGCUGGACUUCAAGCCCGAGCUGUUCGGACUGCCACCCUUCGAGGAAGUGCCGAAGAGGAAGCUGAGCCGUUCGGGAAGCACCUUUGGGCUGAAGACGACAACGUCCACGACAUCUACGUUCAAGCCAGUGUCCCAUGUAAUUUUCGACUUGGACGGGCUCCUUUUAGACACGGAGAAGUUGUACACGGGGGCUGCAGAGACCGUGGCCUCGCGGUACGGCAAAAAAUUUACCUGGGGCCUGAAGAAGCGGGUGAUGGGUAUGCCUGAUGACGAUGCGGCGCGCACGAUUGUCGAGGGGCUCGGCCUGCCCCUGACGCCCGACGAAUACAUGGCGGCUGUAGACAAGAUAUACAAAGAGACCUUCCCCAACGCGCACCUCAUGCCAGGUGCUGACAGACUUGUGCGCCACCUCUACGCGCACGGCAUCCCCAUGGCCAUCGCGACCAGCUCCAAGCCGGCCACAUUCGACCUGAAAAUGAUGCGGCACCGCGAAUUCCUGGCCCUCUUCCACCAUGUGGUCUGCUCGGGCGGGGACCCGGAAGUUGAGCGGGGCAAGCCGCAUCCAGACAUAUUCCUUGUCACCGCUUCCAAAUUCGACAAAAAGCCAGCGUCGCAAAAGGUCCUCGUGUUCGAGGACUCCACCAUGGGUGUCACGGCUGCCCUCGCUGCCGGCAUGCAGGUCGUCAUGGUACCUGACUCUCGCAUGGAUGAAGACAGCAAGCGUCGGGCAACCACUUGCAUCAACACGUUGAUGGACUUCAAGCCCGAGCUCUUCGGACUUCCGCCAUUUGAGGACGGCCCCAGUGCAGGUCCAAGCCAUUCGGAAAUCAAGCAAGCUCAAAAAUUUGCCACGAAUCGGAAGGUCUCGGUGACGUCCUUCAAGCCAGUGUCUCACGUGAUUUUCAAUGUGGACGGCCUGCUUUUAGACACCGAAAAGCUGUACACCGGAGCUGCGGAGAAAGUGGCCUCCCAAUAUGGCAAGAAGUUGACGUCGGAGCUUAAACGGUGGGUGCUGGGCACGCCAGACACCGACACGGCGCGCAGGAUCGUCGAGAAGCUCGGUCUCCCGAUCACUCCAGACGGCUUCAUGGAAGCGAUGGAACCAAUAUGCCAGAAGGUUCUCCCCACCGCCGAACUCAUGCCCGGUGCUGACCGCAUCGUGCGCCACCUGCACGCUAACGGCAUCCCCAUGGCCGUCACGACCACCUCGAAACGCCCUUCAUUUGACCUCAAGAUGACCCGGCAUCAAGAUCUUCUGACACUCUUUCACCACGUGGUCUGCUCGGGCGGAGAACCGGAUGUAAAUCGGGGCAAGCCACAACCAGACAUAUUCCUCGUUACCGCGUCCAGGUUCGAUAAGAAGGCACUUCCCGAAAAGGUGCUGGUGUUUGAAAACUCUCCCAUGGGUGUUGAAGCUGCCUUAGCCGCCGGCAUGCAAGUUGUCAUGGUUUCAGCACCUCGUGUCGACGAAGAGAACCCGCGCCAAGCCACCGUGCACCUCACCUCGCUACUGGAAUUCAAGCCAGAGCUCUUUGGUCUCCCUUCUUUUCCCGAUUCUCCGAAAAAGAAGUGAAGCACUGGAAUAAAGAUUCGCAGUCGAAGAAA